CGUUACUUCCAGAACCUCUUUCACUUAAUUGACUCCCAAAGAACUGAUCAAAUCUCUCGCUUCGGGCGCGCCUUCAACUUCUUGCUUGGGUUCUUGCCUGCGGUAGCAAGCAUGACGAUUCGCGCAAACAAGUUUACACCGGAGGUCCUACUCAGCGCCCCGCGCCGAUCGGAGGGCAUUCCCAACUCCAAUGGCUCCAAGGUUCUAUACAGCACGUCGACUUAUAGUUUCGAACAUCAUGCCAAGACCUCGGAGAUCCGCGUGCUGGACGUAAAAAGCGGCGAAGCCAGCCUUAUCUCCGGCGAAGGUGCUAGUGAGCCGCAAUGGCUGGACGACGACACGGUGUUGCUGCUGAAUGAGGGCAAGGAUGGUGUUACGAGCGUCAAGGUGGGCUCUGUCAACAGUUUCGAUAACAGCAGCUACAAUGCCGGCACGGUCAAGGGUUCAGUCGGCAAUGUUAAGCUAGUGUUGCUCCGUGAUGGUGCAUAUGGAAUUGCUGUGACAGGCAAGGCGACACCAUCCGGUAACUUGUACAACGAGGCCGAUGAAAAGAAGCCACAAUCUUCCGGACGUCUGUACACAUCCCUGUUCGUACGGCACUGGGACCACUGGAUCACCGAGAACCGCAACGCCAUCUGGCUUGGCAUGCUCAAGAAGGAUGGAGACAAGUACAAGUUGUCAGAGCUAAAGAACGCCCUUAAGGGAUCGAAGCUCGAGAGUCCUAUUGAUCCCUUUGGUGGAACCAACAACUUUGACAUUUCGAAGCAUGGUCUUGUGUUCACUGCAAAGGAUCCUGAGCUUAACCCGGCUACACAUACCAAGACGAACAUCUACACUGUAACCGGGAAGGACUUCUGGGACGACCUUUCAAAAGGCCUCCCCGAGCCUUUCAAAGUGCCCAUCCACGGCUUCGAAGGUGCAAGCACGAACCCAACGUGGGAUAAUGAGGGCAAGGCAAUUGGGUUUCUCUCCAUGCGGACAGACGGAUACGAGUCAGACAAGAAUCAGGUCUUUAUCAUUCCAGACUGGACAAAUCCAGGCUGGGUUCAGCAUCUCUGGGCGACAGAAGAUGGAAAGGGCUCCUGGGAUCGCAGCCCUCAAUCUAUCAGUUGGGGUGCGAAUGAGGAGAUCUACUUUACUGCUGAAGAAGCCGGUCGAAUCAGUCUUUUCGCUGCAUCGUCAGACUUCAACAAGUCAACACGUGCGCCCAAGCUAAUUGUUAAGGGUGGCGCCAUCUCAAGCGCAAUCUUGUUAAAAGAUGGAUCGCUGUUUCUUUCAUCUUCCAGCCUCAUUGAAAACAGCUUGUAUUCCAUAUUGCCAGCUAGUGCAUUCCUCGAGAUCACCGCCAACGGCAACUCGUACUCACUCCCGCGCAAUGAUAGUGCCCCCGGACAUUACCCAUCUGACCGGGCUACGAAAUUCGUCUCAUCGAAUACCCGCAGCGGCUCCACGUUCGGACUCUCCCGCGACCAAAUCGAAGAAAUCUGGUUUGAGGGUGCGAAAAAAAAGACACAAGUCCAUGCGUGGGUCUUCAAGCCCUCAAAUUUCAAGAAGAGCCACAAGUAUCCAUUGGCAUACUUCAUCCAUGGCGGUCCUCAAGGCGCAUGGGAAGACGCAUGGUCCACGCGCUGGAACCCCGCUAUCUUCGCGGAGCAGGGCUACGUUGUUGUUGCGCCAAACCCCACUGGCAGCACCGGCUACGGCCAAGAUUUUACUGACGCUAUCAAGGGCCAGUGGGGCGGCCUUCCUUACCAAGACCUCGUCAACGGCUUUGAGUACAUUAAAAACAACCUCGAGUAUGUUGACAUCGAUCGCUCCGUAGCACUCGGCGCCUCAUACGGCGGGUACAUGAUGAACUGGAUCCAAGGUCACGAUCUCGGUCGCCAAUUCAAGGCUCUCGUCACGCACGACGGUGUAUUUAGCAUGACCGCACAGAUGGCCUCGGAGGAGCUUUACUUCCCCUUCCAUGAUAUUGGCGGCAAGCUCUGGGAGAAUCCCGAAGGCUGGGCACAAUGGGAUCCGUCGCGCUUCGCCGGCAACUGGGCCACGCCCCAUCUGAUCAUCCAUUCUGAGAAGGACUAUCGUUUGACGAUGAACGAGGGACUAGCAGCCUUCAAUGUGUUGCAGACUAGGGGUGUACCGAGCCAGUUCUUGACGUUUCCGGACGAGAACCACUGGGUUUUGAAGCCUGAGAACAGCCUGUUGUGGCAUGAAACUGUGCUGGAUUGGAUCAAUGAGCAUGUUGGACUGGAGAAGUACACCGAGUGGAGGGCGAACAAUGGUGCUGCGCGUAAGUAGUGGCCUUGUCCACAGCUUGGGGUGGCUUGUGAAUAGAUGCGUCAAUUGUGAUAUGAAUCGCGGCGUUAGGCCCGUCCAGAACGCAGUCGUGGCUCUGUUAAGUUUCAUAGUGCCCGAACAAUCAAGAAAAUAUGAUCC